AUGUCCUAUUUAGCGACAUCUACCUAUCUAGCAUUGUCGCUAGUUGUUCUAGAUAGUAUACCUGCCAUCCAGAGUGUCGUCAACCGCAUUGCUGGCAAAGCGCGUAACUAUGACCCUAUACAACUAGCCAAAGAUGUCUACUGCGACGAAGACGGUGAAGCGACCGAGGAAUCCCUCCGAGCUUUCUCUGAUAAAUGGCAACGAAUCGCUAUCGCCAUUUUCUCUGCCACCGGGUUUCUGGUAACUCUUGCAUUGGCUGUUCGUGCGACAUUGAAGCUCUCCAUCACCAAUUCCACGCCAUUGGUAUGGCUGCAGUUCGGGGUCUGGAUUCUUCUCACUAUUCAAGCUGUUGCUUUCUUCACUGAGCCUCGGCCGACAAGCCGAUAUGUUCUAGGCCAUUUCGCUUUCUGGGGGAGUCUCAUUGCCAUUGCAGUUCCGGGAAUUGAACUGGGCAUCUUGGUAUUCUCACAACUCGGCAUUCCACAUGGUCGGGUUUGGGUCGCGCUGCAAUUGGCUCAAAUUGCUAGCGCUGCCCUUCGCGCUAUAUUCUGUACUCUGCUACCGCGUCGUCCAGAUGUUUACCAUGAUGAUAAGCUGGUUGAGCAGGAGCUUUCAGUCUCUCUAUUCAGCCGCUUCACUUUCAGCUGGGCCAAUCGAUUGCUAAACCACGCAGUGAAGCACAAGACCAUGGAGCUCGAGGAUCUCCCCAAGCUUAUAGCAGCGAAUCGUGCUGAUGCUCUCCGUGAGAAAUUCGAAAUGGUUAGAAAGAAUCGGAAAUUGUGGAAAGCGAUUAUCUUGGCGCAUUGGAAGUCGCUGGUCAUUCAGGGGAUGCUUAGUCUCCUGAUUUGCUUCCUGAGCUUUGGGCCGCAGGUGGCCCUGUUUCAGAUCUUGAAAACACUUGAACUGCGUGAUACCCCGUACUGGAAUGUCGGGGCAUCAUAUAUCUGGGUUCUGGCCCUGGGUGGGUUCUUGUUUCUUAGCUCGAGUGUGGAGGCAUGGCUGUUCUGGGUGGUAUACUCAAAACUUGGAGUUCCAACCUUUGCACAGCUGUCAGCGGUCAUUUUUGCCAAAGCCAUGCGUCGGAAGGACGUUAAGCAGACAAAGAAGUCCAACACGCCAGAUGAAUCCGAUAAUUCCACCAAAGGAUCCACGGAGGACGACGAGGAUGACGAAGAUGCAUUGAAGAAAACCCGCCAGAGUAUCAUAAACCAUGUGGCGGUGGAUGCUCGACGUGUUUGCGACUUUACCUCUUUAAACUAUAUUAUCCCACAGGCGAUCUUCAGAAUCAUUCUCGGUGCUGCAUUUCUGGUCCAAAUUCUCGGCUGGCGCAGUGCCUUUGCCGGUCUUUCAGUCUCUCUUCUUGUGACUCCACUGAAUGCAUACGCAGCUAGAAAAUAUUCGAAUGCCCAGGACCGAUUGAUGAAAUCGCGUGAUCAGAAGCUGGCGAUCGUUACCGAAGUACUACAGGGAAUCAGACAGAUCAAAUUCUCGGCCUUGGAGGAGCAAUGGCAGAAGCGUGUUCGGGAUACGCGAGAAACAGAACUUGGCGCACUGUGGGCUUCCUUCCUUGCGGAUAUCGGUCUACUCGCGAUCUGGGUUCUCGGUCCUGUCGGCUUGUCCGCCGUUUCGUUGACUACAUACGCCAUUCUUAAUGGAACUUUGACACCUUCCGUUGCUUUUACGGCUAUGGCAAUCUUCAAUGCUCUCGAGGUGGCGCUCGCUAUUAUACCAGAGCUCAUGUCAAUGGGUCUGGAGGCGAAAGUUAGCGCUGACCGUAUCGACGAGUUCUUGGCUUCCCCCGAAAAUGCUGUCAAUACUGUCGCUGCUGAAUACAUCGCUUUCGACAACGCCUCCGUUGCCUGGCCUGCGGAUGAAGAAGAUAUCAAAGAUUCUGAGGAUCGUUUCGUUCUGCGCGACAUGACCUUGAAAUUCCCGACGAAAGGUCUAAGCGUCGUAUCGGGUAGAACUGGCUCUGGAAAGAGCCUGCUUCUCUCAUCCAUCUUGGGUGAAUGUGAUGUCCUUGAUGGGACGAUCAUGGCACCCGUUCCACCUCCUGUCACAGACCGAUUUGAUCACGUCGCGACAAAGGCAAAUUGGAUUAUCGAUUCGGCGAUUGCCUACGUUGCACAGAUGCCAUGGAUUGAAAAUGCUACCAUCAAAGCGAACGUUCUCUUCGGACUCCCAGAUGACGCAGAGCGCUAUCGAAAGGUCAUCUUUGCUUGCGCUCUGGAAAAAGAUUUCGAGAUGCUGCCGGAUGGCGAUAUGACCGAUAUUGGUGCUAAUGGUGUUAAUCUGAGCGGUGGCCAACGCUGGCGUGUUUCGUUUGCCCGCGCAUUGUACUCCAGAGCUGGCAUACUUAUCAUGGAUGACAUCUUCAGCGCUCUCGAUGCCCACACUGGUCGUCAUCUUUUUGAGAAAGCUCUCACCGGUGAACUCGGCCAGAACCGGACUCGGAUCUUGGUCACUCACCAUGUUGCGCUGUGUCUUCCUCGAACAGACUACUCUGUUCUGUUGGAGAAUGGUCGGGUCAAGUAUGCAGGUACUAUUGAUGACCUGAGGAAAUCACAUCAUCUAGAGGAUAUCCUUCGCGAAGAACAAGCCGCCGAACAAGCAGAUCUUGUAUCAGAGAGAGACGAUGGUGAGUUACUCAACGACGAGGAGACAACUCUGCAAAAGGUUAUCUCGAAUACAUCCUAUCAAAACACGAGCACAGCUACAACUGGGCAAACCUCCACCGGAAGUGGAGCUCCUACUGCACAGACGCCUGCACCGAAGAAGUUCGUUGAAGAUGAAAAACGAGAAACUGGUUCUGUGCGUCUGGAGGUGUACUUUGCUUUCUUGAAUAAAGGUGGCUCCGUGUUCUAUUGGUUGAUGACGCUCGCGGUCUAUCUAUUUUACUCGACCCUCUUGAUUGGACGGUCUUGGUGGAUCAAUGUUUGGACAAGUUCAUCCUCUAAUACUAAGGCCCAUCCUGAGCAAUACAGUAUCCUAUUGCAGCAUACCAUGCAACCGACUGCACCGGUGCCACAGCACGACGAUCUCUCUAUGUACCUCGGAGUCUAUGUUGCCAUCUCGAUCAUUGCCUGUAUAAUCGGGACAGUUCGUUACUACUGCAUUCUGUCCGCAUCAGUCCGGGCCUCAAGGAACUUGUUCAAUGGCUUGAUUUAUGCUAUCCUCCGCGCGCCACUCCGGUGGCUGGACACUGUUCCAUUGGGGCGAAUUCUCAACCGCUUUACAGCGGAUUUCCACUCCCUCGAUUCUCGAAUCGGAUACGACAUCGGAUUUUUCGGAGGCAAAGUGCUAGAUGUUCUCGCCAUCAUGAUUGCGGGAAUGCUUGUCAAUUGGACGGUGAUCUUAUUCGGCAUCGUCCUGUUACUCGUAUGUCUAAAGCUGGCUGUAUCCUAUUUGGAAGGGGCCCGUCAGAUCAAACGUCUCGAGAGCACUGCGAAAAGCCCUGUGUUUGAGCAGUUUGGGUCUAGUCUUGCUGGCCUAAUUACCAUCCGUGCCUUCAGCAAGCCAGACACCUACGUUGAAAUCAUGUAUAACAAGAUCAACCGCCAUGCACAAGCAUUUUGGACCUUAUGGCUAUUCAAUCGCUGGCUCGCGUUCCGCAUGAGCGUCGUCGGCGCGAUCUUUUCAACUGUCACUGCUGGACUGGUGGUCUACCUUCCAGGUAUCAGCGCUUCACUUGCUGGUUUCGCUCUCAGCUUUGCGUUGCAGUAUAACACUGCGAUUACGAUGGCGCUGCGGCAAUACGCUAACAUUGAACUGAACAUGAACGCCGUAGAGCGUGUCAUCGAGUAUUCCAACAUCGAGAUCGAGAACCAAGGAGGAGCAGAUGCACCCGCUGCAUGGCCUACAGAGGGCCAUCUCGAAGUCCACGAUCUUGUGGUGGGCUACGCACCAGAUCUCCCACCAGUAUUGAAGGGGCUCAGCUUCUCGGCGGAGAAGAACCAGCGCGUCGGCGUCGUUGGACGCACCGGGGCAGGAAAGUCCUCGUUAACGCUUGCACUAUUCCGGUUCCUAGAAGCACGCUCGGGUCAAAUAUUCAUCGACGGAAUCGAUGUCUCCAAGAUCAAACUGCACGAUCUCCGCAGCCGACUUGCGAUCAUUCCGCAAGACCCAGUUCUAUUCUCUGGCACGGUGCGAUCGAAUCUCGACCCGUUCGAAGAAUACAGCGAUACAGAGCUGUACGAUGCGCUAGCACGCGUGCACCUCAUCUCCCAGGCCGACGAUGAUGAGCUCACCCUCACAUCGCGGACUGCCACGCCCCGCCAGCCUAGCGAAACAGGCGCCUCCACACCAACGGCCCAGAAGACUAAUGCAAAUGUUUUCACAUCUCUCUCUGCGACCAUCUCUGAAGGCGGCCUCAACCUGUCCCAAGGUCAGCGCCAGCUCCUCUGUCUUGCCCGUGCUAUCGUCGCGCGGCCCAAGAUUAUGGUUCUAGACGAGGCGACCUCGGCUGUCGAUAUGGAGACCGACGCGUUGAUUCAGCAGUCUAUCCGUGCGGAAUUCGGACGUAAUGCUACCACCCUACUGGUCAUUGCGCACCGUCUUAGUACAAUUGCUGACUUUGAUCGCAUUCUUGUUAUGGAUGCUGGAAAGGCAGCUGAGUUUGGCUCGCCUAAGGAUCUUAUGGGGAUUGAGGGGGGUGUGUUCAAGAAUCUUGUUGAAAACAGUGGAGAGAAGGAGGUGUUGGAGAAAAUGAUUUUUGCAUGA